UUAUAACGUUACUGAAUAUAUUGGGUUUUGUAGCUGACCCGGUUUUAACCAUACCUUAUUCAUAAGCGUUACAAGUUGUGAGUGUUUAGUCAUGGCUGGGUUUUUAAAACCAUUUCAAGAUACGUUACAAGGAAUUAACAUGAAUUUGGGGACCGUUUUACUGGUGGGUGUUUGUAUUGGAAUAUGGCUGCUAUCGAGAAAACCUCGCGGAAUCCCCCCAGGUCCAAGAUUUACACUCCCCUUCGUAGGCGAUUUGUUAUUUUUAGAAGGAGGAGGAGAUGUCCGAGUUGCUACAAGACAACUGAGGAAGAAAUAUGGAGAUAUAUUUAGCGUUUAUUUUGGACCGAAAUUAUUCAUCUUCAUCAAUGGUUAUGAUUUGAUUAAAGAAGCCUUAGUGAAAAGGGCCGACGAAUUUACCAACAGACCGCCAAUGUUUAUCAAUGAUUUACUCUCAAAAAGAAAAGGUAUUGUAUUUUCUUCGGGUCAGCUGUGGAAAGAACAAAGAAAAUUUGCUCUGGAAACAUUAAGAGAAUUUGGUUUCGGGAGAACAGUACUCGAGGACAAAAUAUUGGAAGAAAUUGGUUAUUAUGUUGAAGUCAUUGGAAAACAUAAUGGUAAAGCGUUUAAUAUCCAACGAUUGACCCAAACUUCUGUUUCCAACGUCAUUUCAUCUAUAGUUUAUGGUCAAAGAUUUGAUUAUGGUGAUCCGGUAUUUAUAGAUUUUGUAGAGAGAGUGGACGAGAAUUUUGCUGUGGCGGGGUCUUCAAGUUUACUAAAUUUCUUACCGGUGCUCCGAUUCUUACCUGGUGAUUUUUUCAAAUUUAAGAGAACGAUUCGUAAUAAUCAAACACAAGAGAUGAAUUUAAUUGAACCUUCUGUUAAUGAUCAUCUGAAGAAUUAUGACGAGAACAACACCAAUGAUUUUAUCAGCAGCUAUAUUAAAGAAAUGAAACGCGUAGAAAAAUCAGGCGAGGAAUCCACCAUAGAUAAGGAUAAUUUAAUCAAAUCAAUCGGAGAUCUGUUUGUAGCUGGUACAGAAACAACAUCAACAACUAUUCUAUGGACGAUUCUCUACUUACUUCAUAAUCCAAGCGUACAAGCCAAAUGUUAUAAAGAGAUUCAAGAUGUCGUUGGUUCAGGUCGUCUACCCUCUAUGAAAGACAGGUCAUCUAUGCCGUAUACCCAAGCUGUUCUGCUGGAAGUUUUGAGAAUUGCUAACAUCGCUAUAGUUGGGCUUCCACACACUGUUGGUAAGGAUGUUAUAUUUCAUGGUUAUGUUAUUCCAAAGCACACAGUGGUGUUUGGAAAUAUCGACUCGGUAUUGGCAGAUGACGGAGUAUGGGGUGACGCCGGCGUUUUUCGACCUGAACGAUUCCUUGAUGAAAAUGGACAACUUGUAAAAAGAGAAGAAUUCAUUCCCUUUUCUCUAGGAAGAAGAAUCUGCCUUGGAGAAUCUUUGGCUAAAAUGGAGUUAUUUUUAUUCAUGACAACCUUGAUACAAAGAUUUGAAUUCAAACCAGUAGAUCCUAAUAAUUUACCGACUUUAAAGGGUAUUCUGGGACUCGCACAUUCUCCUACCCAAUACGAAGUGAGAGCCUUACCGCGAUGAGCGGCUGCACUGAAAAUAUAACUUGAGAUAUUGUGAGAAAUUUGAAAGUUACAAUUUCAUAUUUUCUAAGAAAGUCAAAACAUAAUUAUUUCUAUGUCUUUUGCUCAAUAGGUUGUCAACUCACUAUUAUACGAUCAUAGGUGUCAUUCUCACACUUAAAACUCAUUUACACCGGAAAUAAUAACACAAUUACCUCACAAUUACCUCCCUUGUUUUCUAUUCUCCACCAUGGAGUAGCUAUCUUCAAACGUUUGAAUUUGAAGAUGAACAUGAUAUUUUUGCCAAUUUCUCAACUGGCAAUAGUGAAUUAUAGGAUUAAUAGGAUUAUUCUUUAACAAGGUCGGACUGUUUAUAGAUACCAUCUAUUUUAAGGCUUUAUUUUAAUAAAUUUUAAAAAUAUAACUUAAAAAUAUGAAAUUGCAACUUUAAUGCAUGGCAAUGUCUGGUUUAUGCAAUAAAGAGCUCCUUUUGUCUGUG